AUGGCAAAUGUCGAGGGCCACUGUGAUCCUCGCUUCAACCAGCUCAAAGCAACACUGGCAGCGCAGUUGAGCUCGGGAGACGAGUUGGGCGCCGCCAUAGCAAUCAACAUCGACGGCGAGAACGUCGUCGACAUCUGGGGCGGGUAUACCGACGAAGCACGAACCCAGCCUUGGUCCAAAGACACCAUCACCAACGUCUGGUCCUCCACCAAAACCGUUGCGUCUCUAGCAGCCCUGAUCCUCAUCUCCAGAGGUAUCCUAGAUCCAGACGCUCCCGUCGCUAAGUACUGGCCCGAGUUUGCUCAGAACGGCAAAGACAAAGUCCUGGUCCGCCACAUCCUCUCGCACACUUCAGGCGUCUCAGGCUGGGAGGGGCCAAUCACAUGGCAAGAAGUCUUUGGCCCCAGCUCGAUUGAAAGACUGGCCGAGCAGGCACCCUGGUGGGAGCCCGGGACCGCGUCCGGCUACCAUUCCAACAACAUGGGCCAUCUCAUCGGCGAGGUCAUCAGACGCACCAGUGGGAAAUCCAUGAAGCAAUUUGUCGCAGAGGAGAUUUCAGGGCCCCUCGGCGCGGACUUUCAGAUUGGCGCCCAGGACAAAGACUGGCCACAUAUCGCCGCAGUGGUACCUCCACCACCGAUGCCCAUCGACUUGACCAAGAUGGACCCAAAUAGCUUGACGGUCAAGACAUUUGCGAAUCCACCGCCCGACGCGACACGAGCGAACACUGCGGAUUGGCGGCGCGCAGAUAUGGCUGCCAUCAAUGGCCACGGGAAUGCGAGAUCUCUUGUACGCAUACUAUCCACCAUCACUCUCGGGGGCACGGUCGAUGGAGUCACGCUGCUAUCGCCCGAGACGAUUGACUUGAUCUUUCAAAAGCAGGCAGAUGGGACGGACCUGGUCGUAGGUAUACCCCUGACCUUUGGUAUCGGGUUCGGAUUGACCGAAGGCGCCAUUGCUCAGACCGCACCCUGGCUUCCAAAAGGCAGAGUUUGCUUCUGGAGUGGUUGGGGCGGAAGCAUAAUCGUCAUGGACCUUGAUCGAAAAGUGACGUUCUCCUAUGUGAUGCAGAAAAUGAGUAGCGGCAUUGUAGGAAGUGAGAGAACCGAAGCUUAUCUAAGGGCUGCGUAUAUGGCGCUCGGUGUGGAUGGAUAUUGA